UACGUCACAGAGUGGGCGGGGCGGCGGGGGACCUAGGCGGGAACGCUGACAUGUCGCGGCACGGUCGAGCGGUGGCGGCCCCGGGCCGGGACCUGCGGGCGGGCUUCCGUCACGACAGGGGCGACGGCGGCGCCGUCGUCCCUCAGGGGCUGCUGAAGGCGGCGCGGAAGAGCGGCCAGCUCAACCUGUCGGGCCGGGAGCUGAGCGAAGUCCCUCAGAUGGUCUGGCGAAUAAAUUUGGAUCUCCCUGAGGAAGCAAACCAGAAUCAUUCCUUUAAUGCUUCUGAACGAUGGUGGGAGCAGACAGAUUUGACUAAGCUAAUCAUAUCCAACAAUAAACUUCAGUCACUUUCAGAUGACCUCAGACUUCUGCCUGCACUGACUAUACUUGAUAUGCACGAUAAUCUGCUGACAUCCCUUCCUUGUGCCAUAGGCGAGCUGGAAAAUCUGCAGAAGCUUAAUGUCAGUCAUAACAAACUGAACAUACUACCUGAAGAGCUUACAAAACUACGAAACCUGAAGGGCCUGUUUCUGCAGUACAACGAGCUGACUUGCAUCCCUGAAGGAUUUGGACAAUUGCACAGAUUAGAGGAUUUAGAUCUUUCCAACAACCGUCUUACAGCUGUUCCAGCUAGCUUUUCUUCUCUCUCUAACCUGAUGCGACUCAACCUUGCCAGUAAUCAAAUGAAGAACUUGCCGGCGGAAAUCACCAGGAUAAAAAAAUUAAAGCAUUUGGAUUGUACUUCAAACUACUUGGAAACUAUACCUUCUGAAUUAGCUUGCAUGGAGUCACUAGAACUGCUUUAUUUACGGAGGAAUAAACUGCGUUUUCUACCAGAAUUUCCUUCAUGUAUAUUAUUAAAGGAAUUGCAUGUUGGUGAGAAUCAGAUUGAAAUGUUAGGGGCAGAACAUCUUCAACAUCUUCAAUCUAUCCAUGUCCUAGACCUAAGAGAUAACAAGUUAAAAUCUAUUCCUGAUGAAAUUACCUUGCUCCAGGCCUUGGAAAGACUUGAUCUAACUAACAAUGAUAUAAGUAGUCUGCCCCAUACAUUAGGAAACCUUCCUCGUUUGCAGUUUUUGGCAUUAGAAGGAAACCCUUUGAGAACUAUUCGGCGGGAGCUCCUAAAUAAAGGGACCCAAGAAGUCCUAAAGUAUCUGAGAAGCAAAAUUAAAGCUGACACAGCAAACCAAAAUGACACGCCCACUGAGACAGCCAUGACUCUGCCGAGUCAGUCCCGAGUCAACACGCAUGCCAUGAUGACUCUGAAGCUCUUAGACUACAGUGAGAAACAGACAGCUCUGAUUCCUGAGGAAGUAUUUGAUGCUGUAGGAAGCAACGCGAUCACUUCCAUAAACUUCAGUAAGAAUCAUCUCAACGAAAUACCCAAAAGGAUCGUGGAACUGAAGGCCGCCGUCUGUGAGAUCAAUUUGAGCUUUAAUAAGCUUUCCUGUGUCUCUGCAGAAUUGUGUGUGCUCCAAAAAUUGGCCCAUCUGGACAUCAGAAAUAACCUCUUGGCCUCUUUGCCUGAAGAGAUGGAAGCCUUGACAAAACUGCAGACCAUAAACCUUUCCUUCAAUAGGUUUAAAACGUUCCCCAGUGUUCUGUAUCGGCUCCGGACUCUCGAAACCAUCCUCCUCAGUAACAAUCAGGUUGGAUCUGUGGACCCUGUGCAGCUAAAGCAGAUGGACAGGCUGGCCACUUUGGACCUUCAGAACAACGAUCUCCUCCAUAUCCCGCCCGAGCUAGGCAACUGUGUGAGCCUGAGGACCCUUCUGUUGGAGGGGAAUCCAUUCCGCAUUCCUCGAGCAGCCAUUUUAGCCAAAGGAACAGAUGCCGUCCUGGAGUAUUUAAGAGACCGGAUUCCUACUUAAUGGGAGUUUUGUAAUCCUUGACCAGCUGAUGGCUCCGCAUGCUUCAGAGAGCUGUCUUGUCUGGGAGCUGAUUUGCUGUCCUUCGUGUGAUGGUUUCUCCAAACAGUCUAUCAGUUAUUAUUGCUGUGAUGUAUUUGGGGCAUGAAACAAGUGGUCUUACAAUCUUAUUACUGCUGACAUUUUCCCAUUGAAAAUGAUGUAAAACAACUUGAUAAUGCUUAUUAUGACCUGCUUGUUUGUUUAUACAUUCAUUCUCAAAAGUUUUGUAAUUUUAAAAAGGCAGUAGUGGUUUCUAUAACUCAAAUGUCAUUCCUGUUUAAAGUUGAUUUUUUUUUUAAUAAUGACAGCAUUUUUGUAAAAGAUGAGUGGUGUUUUUUUUAACAUUGUGUAUGCGUUUGUGUGUGUUAUGUGUGUACACCUUUUUAUGUUAGUGAUGUAAGGACAUUUCAAGGACAUGUACUACCCUGGUUCUGGUGUUGAUGCUGGGCUAAUCAAUUAACUUCCGUGCCCCAGGCAGCUCUGAAGACUGGGGGCUCCAAAUGGGUAACCCAUCACCACUGAACUGGUGGACGGGAUCCCUAGAAUAACAACAAACCUUCAAGAGAAGAUUCAGUUGGAUGUACAGUGUGUGGUGUUUUGUUUUGUUUUUUGAUUUUUUUUUGUUUUUUGCAGGGCAAUGGGGGUGACUUGCCCAGGUUCACACAGCUAGUAAGUGUCAAGUGUCUGAAGCCAGAUUUGAACUCAGGUCCUCCUGAAUCUAGGGCUGGUGCUUUAUCCACUGCACCACCUAGCUGCCCCCUACAGUGUGCGGUUUUAAAAAAUAAUUCUAUUUGCAGCCUAUAUUUUCAGAUGCUGAGAAUCCAUCUUUCCCUGUUGGGUGGAACUCAUUUUAAUUAACGCAUUUGCCAAAGAAGAAACAUAUGGUAUAGCUCAUUAGGAAAGGGCUAUUAGUGAGCCCAGCCUGGCUCUUAUGUUAUUUCCUUGGGCCCUCUUACUCCCAAAGUCACUGUAUCAUGGCCCCCUCCAAAUUAAAAUGUUUUGGUUGCAUCUCCGCAGCAGCUUACUGUGUUCUCCGAUCUGAUUGGCACCUUCCUCGGUACCAGCCUUCCCAUUUGGUCACUUCUAGAUGUGAUACUAAAAGGCAGCACCCAGAGUGUCUCACAUCAUGGACAUCACCCUGAGAAACUGGCCAAGAAAAUGUUUGGCCACUGACAUGCAGCCUUACAUAUCUCAAUGACAUCAUUAUGAUAUCCAAAUUUUUGAUAGAAUUAAGACCCAAAUUGGGUUGAUACAAUAUAUCUCCUUGCAAGAGCUUGAUUUAAGGAAGCUUAAUUUAAAAAGAUUUGUGGUCUCUUAAGGUCUUGACAUUCAAAAUAGGGUCUUAUUUGGGUAGAUUUUUCAGCACCUUUUUUAAUGAAGAUGAGAAUACUUCUUAUUUAUAGAUAAUGCAGUUUUCAAAUACAGGUUACAGUUUUGAUCUUGCUAAGGGGAAACAUGACUGUUCAUACCACUUCUCUUGUCAACACAUAACUCUGUUGUUAUAUUAAACAAAAGACACUCUACAAUAAGGUGAAAUUUUAUUAUUUGUACAAUAAAGAGACUUUAUGUUAUUCAAAACACUUUUUUUUUAAAUACUGAAAAAGUUGAGUACACCAAAGCCAAAAAAAGGCUCUGCUGUACACUGCACAGCAUUGUCUGAGUCCCUGUAUUUUGUAUAUGUACAGAAAGCAUCUUCAAAAUGCAUUAUAGUCACAAUGUAUACCCUCACCAAUUAGUGUCAAUACAGAAAUUCAAACUGGAAGUAUACAAUUCAUGUGUGCAAAUUAACAAGAUCAAUAAGAUCACCAAGUCGGUCAAUUUAAAAUUGAGUUUUAAAGGAUCUUUUUGCACAUAAAAUGAAGCAGUUCUCAAGUUCAGUAUGUCAUAACUGCAAAAAAAAAACCCCAUUAAAUACAUUCACAAUCUAUGUUAAUAAAGUAGUAAAUAGUUCCUCAUCCAGCAUUAUUUACAAGAUGGAUUUCAACUGAAAAGUACAGUUAGUUUUAAUAUAGCAAUCUGGAACACAUACAAAAAUGACAAGUAUUUAUAUAUAAUUUAAGCUCAAAAUCACAAUUAUCUCAAAAUAUUAGUUACAAUACAGCCAUUUCCAUCAUAAUUAAACAUGUCCUCAAAUAACUUUUUUUAUAAAAUGGUAAAAUUUUUAUUAAAGUAAGCUAUUUCUUUUGAAUUGGCUACAGUACUUACUCCCAAGUAGAAAACUGUUGAGUUUUGUUUUUCUUGCAGAAUUGUUAGGUAAAGCCACCCAUGUAAAGCCAAGAGGACCGAAAAGGCCCCGAUUUAUAAAGAUCCGGUCUCCUGGGCUUUGGGGGAACUGGUCAAUAAAAGCUCCAAGGGGAGUGUCCGUCUGGAGUCUACAGUGAAAUGACAUGCACUAAUAUACAAGAUGUCAGAAUAAGUCAAUGGAGACUACCGUGCACAUAGAAAUGCUCACAGAUGACAAAAAGAAGCCUUAAAUAAGGAAGCAAUCACAAAAUCCGGUCUUGAACACCCUUGUUCCCACACUCCCCUGACAUUCCAACAGCAGCAGCUGGGCUCCUCUUGUCAGGGUCUGGGCUGCUUUGAGGCCACAAAGGGUCGCUGUCGUGCUGCACACGUGGCCCUGAGCCCCAUGCCAGACCCCAGAAGGCCAGCUAGAAACCCCUGUCUGAAGCUAGCCUAGCAUCACUCCUGAAUGCAGCAAAGUAUUUCACGCAAUCAUGCGCUUCAACCCCGAUUCACAGAAUUCCAUCUCUGGCCAUGGAAAAGCCGAGGUGACACGUGAAGUGUUUGCCAUAGGAUGAGGGGGAGGCCAACCACAGUCAUGGGGCAUAAAGCAGGAUUAAGAGGGGUGCUCUCCAUAAGCCUGCUUCCAACAUUGAAUUUGGAAAAUCACCCCUGUGCUAAAGAGUGGGAAACAGCAUCCUCCUGCCUGUCAUCAUUGGGCCAAAAGUUGCUUCUGGGUUUGUGGUUCUGGUCCGGCUGGGAGGAGUUCUCCAGACCCAACCCUGGUUUAUUAAUACAGGGUGUUUGCCCUUGGGAGAUGAGAGGGGGUAGAAAAGAAAUCACUUCGAAGCUUCCCUCUUGUAGUUUAUUUGUUAUGAUCCAAAUACAGAAUCUCAAAAGAUUCACAAUACAAUUUUCUACUAGGAAAAAAGUUUCCCUUCACACUAAAAAAAGAAAAAAACUAAACCCAGAACACAAAACAAGAUGAAUUUUACGUUGUCUUUGGCCCCCCAGCUCAAGUCCAAGAAGGAUCGUUGGAAAAGCUUGGUUUUGUCUAACACCUACAAUGUGGUUUUCUAGGUGGAUUUUCAGCUCUCUUUUCUGAAACCUAAAUAGCAAGGCGAGGCUUCCUAGAGGGGAAAAUGGGGCUUAGGAAGAGGAGGAGAUGCCUAUGAGUUUGUGAAGUAGACACGGGAAGAGGAGUCGGCUGGCGGGGCCCAAACUUGCUUCUAAGGGCUCACUUAGGGCACGACGAAUUUCUCCCCAAUCUUACUACUUGGGGAUGCUUGCCCAUGGCCUGCAGGGCAAAAUUGUUCAAGUGUUGAAAAUAAAAUUCAUCACUAGUAAACAUGAUGACAAAUGGACUUGUGUUCCCACUAUGGGAAAGUUUCAACAGUCUUCAACAGAUGGGUUUUCCUGGUCAGCCUAAGGGCUUUCCAUCAAAUAAGGACAACAAAAACCACUCCAGCUUUCCUGCCUAAGUAGCAUGGCUACUGGGAAGGGGGAAAUAAUGAAGCCCGGAGCUUGCUGGGCAGGAUGGGAAGUAAAAUUUCCAUGUCCCUUUGUCAUAAAUUCAUUCAUUCCUAUCUGGCUGUUAACCAAGGGCCAUUGCUAAUCCCUGUGAUCUUAACUGCGCAAGAUAAAUGCAGCAACAUAAAAGAAAAUACCCAUAUAUGUGUGUGUAUAUACACAUAUAUACAAACCUGAGUCAUAAUAAAAUUUAUUUAAUAUAUGAAAAUAAGCUUUAAAGGGCCAAAAAUACCUUUGUGCAAUAUAAGCAGCUAACAUUUAAACUUCAGACAAGAAUAUUCAUAUGCUUAUACAUUCUAUAAAGAACCAGCAAAACAAUGAGCGUCUGCAUAUGUUAACUUUCCUAGCUAUAGUCAGGACAAUCGGGUUUCGUUGCUAGUGCCGAUCCUGUUUUUCAUUCCCCUGAAUUCAUGAAGGUUUUAGAAAACGUAUUCAAGUAUGGGAUUUCUACAUUAUUACUGGUGGGCAUUCCCAGUGUUUUCCUUAAUAAUCGGAUGAGAUCAAAUUGCAAGGUCAGGUUGUAAAGGGGAUUUCCAGCUGCCAAAUCACAAGGGGAAAACUUUGGAAGGGAAUUCAUAGACUCUUCCAAAAAUAAGUCUUGUGGAAGAGGAUCAAGCCUGGUGUGAUACAUAAGGUAAAAGGCGGGGGAAGUGACACAUUCCUAAGCUUCCCUUCAUUUCCUUCAAGUCUUGCCCCCACCCCCCUUACCCUGAAUCCUCAUUUCCUUAGCUCUCAGGUCAUUUUCCUGGUCUUUUUUUUUCUCCCAACUCACAGGAAGGACCCCCUCGCCCUCAAACUGGAGCAAUCUUUCUUCCAUGCCUGGGCCUGCCUGCCACUUCUGAAACCCAGCAUUCUCCAGAUCCCCACCUUCUUCAAAGCUUCUUCUCUGUCUCCUCCUGUGGUGGAAUGUAGCUGUUUCCCCGCCCCCUCCCUCUCCCCUGACCCCUCCCCUGCCUCCGUGCUGUUUAGUUAUACAUUAAGACAUCUACUCUGAUAUUCCAGCCUGUGCCACAAAUCCUCCACUGACCAUUCCUUUCCAGCUGAUAGGAGCAUUCUUUCCGUCCUCCCGCUGUCUGGCAUUUACUUACCUCCUCACAUGUUGCAUCUGCUAGUAGAUUGUAAGCUUCGUGAAGGCAGGGACAAUUUUUCAUUUCGAUCUCACACCCCCAUAACCCAGCCCAGUGUAUGUGGUAAGUGAUCCCCAUGUGUCUGCUGAAAUGAAUUAUAGCAGAGUCAUCUGAGACGACAACCCAUAUGAGUGGUCCAGGGCACAGUCAAGCACUGGGUGUGACUCCUAGAUGUUUCCCCAGGUCAAGUCUGGAGUUUGCUUGUAGGAGGAAGACUGAGCCUUAGGGCUGUCCCAAGACAGGUUCCAUAGCUAGAGUGACUGCCAUCGGCCCAGGGUUCAGGAAAAGAGGAAGCUAUCUAGGAGUGGUGGCAUGACUUGGCAUCUGCAGUCGGACCAGGAAAGGCAUGGAUGUUCUGAACUGGUCAUUUGUUAGCAGGAUUGGAAGAACAGAAAUAGCUGGUAUGAGGGAGAUGGCAUUGAGCCAAGGAAACGUCAGUCUCUCCUUGCUUUUCCUGCAGCUUUUGCCUUUGGAUCAUGAAGGGUCUUCAUUGUGCGGAAAACUAAAAGAGAGAGACUUUCUCUGCCAACAGACAUGUUGCCAUGGGAACUGUCACAGAUACUAAAAUUUAUGUCAGAAAACUGGAGAUUCAGUAUGAGGGGAGAUGAGAGGGCAGCUCUCUACCCUGUAGUUUGGGCAUUCCAAGGUUUGAGAAGUUAGGAUUCUCUAGUUAUGGCCCCUACUCAAUGAGUGGACAGAGGGACAUGCCAGCAUCCCUAGUCAUGGAGUCUGUGGCCUGGGCUGUGUAGGGAGAAGAGUAGAUGCCAGACAGAGAUGGAGCUCUGAACAAUUCAGACCAUCUCCUGGCGAAGGGAACUCUUAACUCAACCAUGGGAUCAGCUCCACAGGCCAAAAUGCCCAUCAAGGAAGUGCUCCUGAUCUGGGAGCAGGCUGCCUGCCAGACCUGUCCUCUCCCCUCUACUACAAGCCCACAGUCACUGCUGGCCCAAUUAUUGCACACCUAGGCACAUAUUAUUGCUUAUAUACAUCUUCCAUAUCCUCUGCAGCAUUUGCAAGUAAUCUGCAAUUUAAUUGGGCAAGUUACUCAGCAAGAAAGAAUGCCUUCAUUAUACCGUCGCAAACACUCCCAACCUGCCUCCUUGUUCACUUAAGUCAGGAGAAACCAGAUUUCCAUGUGUCUUGUUCUGUCUUUGAUCACAUGGUCUCAGGGAGAGCUGACUUAUGUGUCUACAUAGUAGAUAGCUACCUACAGCAAAUGAUUUUUAGGGGCACUAGGAAGUUAUCGCACAUGCCUUCUAUAUCUGAGAGGGCUGAUGCCUAAAAUGUCACAAUUAGAGCUUCAUUCUUUUGACUUAAGACUUUAUUAAAAUAUAGAUUUACCCACAUCUAGCCACGCGGGCGAUUUGCACUUUAAUGUGAAUGACUUUAUCACUCGAGGUUUCCUGAGAACGAAUUUUGAUUGGGAUUGUAAAGAGGGAACGUAAACAGAAAUUGGAGGUGCUAAAUUUCCCCACCAUGUCAUAGUUCUGCCUAGAGCCAGCCCUAGGUUCAAAAUUCUCUAAUAACAGAAGGUUUUCACCCACACAAAACAGAAAUUCUGCUAGAAAUCCUGAUUUCUUUUCCCGCUCACACGUUAGCACAAGCUCUUUUUAAUAGCUAUGAAGUUCACCAGCUCAGGAAUCAACUAGUCCACCCACGGGAAUAGAGGCAGAGCUCAGAUGGAGCGGAAGAGAAGAGCUAGUGUAAAGGAUGAUGACGUGACCCGAAGCUGGGAAGAUGUGGCCAACUUUUGUCUCUGGAAAGGGACUAUUGGACUGGGACUUAAUGCAGAGGCUGCAAGAACAUGCUUCGGUCUUUCUCAGAAGUUGGGAUUUUCUCCUAAUUCAGAAGGAACAGGAGCAGGAGAAUAAUUAGGAGCACCCUACAGCACCUGAGCUGAUCCCUGCUUUGAGAUAGGCAGGUAAAAUAUACCUACUGUAAUUGCACAAAAGAUCAGGCAGUGGAUGGGCUUCUUUUUUCUUUUUUACAAGAGCCUUUUAAAACUCAUGAGCAAGGCACUGACAGAUGAAGGCUCAGCUAGAGUAUGGCUGACUCAUCAAGGGCUGCACACAGAGGACCACUCUGGCGAGCUGGAUGGCCCCUCCUCACCUCCAUCUCCUGGCUGCUUCCUUCCAGUCACCGCUGAAACCCUCCCUUCUGCAAGAAGCCUUUCUCUGACCCUCUUCAACCUUGUGCCCUCCCAGCAUGAAUUAUUUCCUAGGUAUUUUGUGCAUAACUGUUUGUACACUUUUGCUUGUAGUCUCCACUGUGAGCUCCUGGAGAGCAGAAAAUCCCUAGUGUUUAGCACAGUUCCUGGCACAUAGUAGUCGUUUAAUAAAUGCUGACUGACUGACUGUGAUGUUACAUAACUCCUGGGACCAGAUGUUUCAGCAGCCUCGGUUUCCUCCUAAUCCCUUCAGAACAUCGAGAAUUGAUGUUCAUCGGCUCCUUAAAGAGCUUUAAUUUUUAAUUAAAUUUCAUUCACCUUCCAAUCCCCACAAGGCCACAGCACCAGAGACUUAGUACUGAAUGGGACCUGAGAGAACAUCUUGUCCUCCAUUUGACAGAUGAGACUGUUGAAGGCUAGAGAGUCAUGCACACCAACACCCUCCAGCUCUGACUCCUAGUCUCUCUCCCUUGCUCUCCCAAACCUGAGGGCCUUUCUGCUGCGGUGCCUGCACAGAUGUCAUGAGUGGGGGUCUCUGGUAUGUGGCAUCUCCCAGCGCACCACCAGGUGGGAGUAACCAGCUGAUUGCAGCUGCCAGCAACGCUCCCGCCUAAAGAUCCCUCUCCUUGUGCAGGCUGGCUUCUACCCGGAGGGACAAUUGUAGGUGGCCUUCCAACAGUUCAGCCCCAGGGGGCCUGCCCAGAGUGCUGGAGGCCUUUCUUAUUUUAUCCCACAGUCACAAGGGUAUCUCAGAACACCGACGCUGUUACCAGGGUUUGGAGAAAACUGGAAAUACUGCCUCAUGAAGGAAUGAGCUGGAAUAGCUACUUUGGCAUGAUGGGCUUUUUUUCUUUUCUUUUCUUUUUUUUUUGUUUGUUUUGCAGGGCAGUGAGGUUUAAGUGACUUGCCCAGGGUCACACAGCUAGUAAGUGUCAAGUGUCUGAGGCCAGACUUAAACUCAGGUCCUCCUGAAUCCAGGGCCAGUGCUCUAUCCACUGCGCUACCUAGUGGCCCCACUGCCCCCACUUCUUAACCUGUUUUUAGAUGAAAACAGGGUACCUUUCAUGUUCUGCUAUUUUAUUAAGAUGUACCUGGAAGUCAUAAAGAGCAACAGCCCUCUUGGGUACCAAUGACUUAAGCACAGGGAUGGAGGGCUGGCCUUACAGGGAGAAAGGCCUAGGUUCAUGUCCUACCUCUGACACAUAAUAGCUGUGCCAUCCUGGGCAAUUCAUGCUUACCUCCCCUUCCUCUCCUCUCCUCUCCUCUCCUCUCCUCUCCU